GUUCCUAGACGGCGUGUGAGGAUGGUGUUCGCAAGCAGCCAGGCGGCUCAAAUCGAGGACGCCGUCUCGGGCAGCCCUCUCUCGUGGUUUGUCCUUUUAUUCACGCUCAUUUCUGCGACAGCCCUUUUUAUCUCAGUGCAGUAUCUACUACGGCGUCCCAAGACCGAACCUGCCGUAACAUACUCCAUCGCCCGCCCCCUCCAGUUACAGCAUGACUACCAAUGGGAGACCAAGGACAAGACGGUGAAAGCUACAGAUCCAGAAGUAUACUUGUCCCCACCAUAUCCCAACAAUGGCAGAGAGAGAGAGAGAGAGAGAGAGAGCUAACAAGGACCCAGGUCGUUCGCGGUCGAAUAUUCCCACGAUGCCCCGCAGAUGGUCGCAGGCUAGGACCCCCCAUCGAUCCAGCAGAUUCGUCCGACAUUGACGCUGCCAUUACCGCAGCCUCCCAUGCACAAGCUCGGUGGUGUCAAACUACAUUUGCAGAACGCCGUCGUGUGCUGCUGACGCUUCAGCGUUAUGUGCUUGAUCAUCAGGACGACAUUGUGGCGGCUUGCUGUCUUGACAGCGGCAAAACCAAGAUCGAUGCCUGCUUCGGGGAGAUCUUAGUCACAGUCGAGAAGCUGAAGUGGACGAUUGAACACGGUGAAAAGGCAUUGUUGCCGUCCAAACGACCGACAAACCUGCUCAUGUGCUACAAAUCAAAUACUGUCUUGUACGAACCCUUGGGCGUGGUUGCAGCCUGCGUCAGCUGGAACUAUCCCUUCCACAACUUCAUCUCGCCCAUCAUCUCAGCCUUGUUUGCAGGAAACGCCAUCGUCGUGAAACCAAGCGAACAGACCUGCUGGAGCAGUCAGUACUUUCUGAAGAUCGUCCGAGGCGCUUUGCAUGCCUGCAACCAUAGUCCCAUGCUCGUUCAGAACGCAAUUUGCCUUCCUGACGUUGCCGACUACCUGACCAAACACCCUGGCAUUAGUCACAUCACAUUUAUUGGCAGUCGGGAAGUUGCCCACAAAGUGUGUGCUUCCGCGGCAGUGCCCUUGACUCCAGUCACUGUCGAGCUGGGAGGUAAAGACCCUGCUAUUGUUCUUGACGAUGAUAAGACGGUGAAAAAUCUAGCAGAAAUCGCUGCUAUCCUACUCCGCGGAACAUUUCAAUCAGCUGGGCAAAACUGCAUCGGGAUCGAGAGAACCAUCGCGCUGCCCAUGAUCCAUGACUUGCUCUUGUCGCAUGUUCUGCCCAAAAUCAGAGCCAUCCGCCUUGGAUCCAUCCUUCUCUCUCCCGCUCAUUCGCCCGUCGACAUGGGAUCUAUGAUCUCAGCUCGUGCCUUGCCGCGUCUCGAGUCACUCAUUUCUACCGCAGUGGCCCAGGGAGCCAUCCUUCAUUGUGGCGGACAACGCUAUCUGCAUCCUGAAUACCCGGAAGGAACCUAUUUUCAACCAACCCUGCUCAGUAACGUCCAUCCAGAAAUGGAGAUUGCUCAAACCGAGCUUUUUGCCCCAGUGUUUUUGCUCAUGAAAGCCAAAACUGUCGAGGAAGCCAUUGAGCUUGCCAACUCUACACCCUAUGCUCUUGGGGCCAGUGUCUUUGGCCACAAUUCUGCAGAUGUUGAGAAGUGCGUCCGGCAGGUGAAGGCGGGAAUGGUGUCGGUCAAUGACUUUGGAGCAUACUAUGCAUGUUCCAUGCCAUUUGGUGGCGUCAAGGGGUCCGGGUACGGGCGUUUUGGCGGAGAAGAGGGGCUGCGGGCACUAUCCAACAUCAAGAGUGUCUGCGAGGAUGCGCUCUGGGCCAGGUGGCUUGGCAUCGGGACCAAUAUUCCGCCCAAACUGCAAUAUCCUGUCAGUGGACACGGAUGGCAGGUUUGCAAAGGUGUCGUAGGGACUGGUUAUGCUAUCGAGUGGCGAGAGUGGGUCAAUUCCAUUGUUGGGCUGCUUGCUGCCUUGUCGAGGAGUGACGACAAAGGUGAGGGGAACCAGGAGGUCGGUGGACAAUUGGAAAAGACACCAUAAAAGGUACACCAAAAAAUAUAAUCUGGCUUUGACGCCAUGUAUUCAUCCUCAUA